UUCCGGAUUUAGACUAUCAAUGACCCCUCAGAUUCGGAAAAAGAAUAUGGCGAUAUGGAAAUAUUGCAAUUUCAAACGUACACACGUUCCGAUCGGACUAUGAGUUUACAGUCAUUAUCCCAUUCGCUCUUUUCCAUACAACAGCGUACAAUCUUAAGUUUCGUUUUUUACGAUUUUCUCAAUAUAUACCGCGUAUUAAAUAAUCAUCAAGCGUACGAAACGGGAGUCAAUGUUUCAUUUUAAUUAAAACAAUUCUCACAUUGAGAAAAACCGCAAAUUUUGAAACAAAAAAAAAAUCAAUUUCUCAAACAUGUCUGGAACAUCCGAAAACCGUCAAAAUUGUGUUUCUCUACUCGAAUAACAGCGCGUCGAUUAAAUAUUUUCAUUUUAAAGUGUAACAGACCGGUCGAGUAGGUACAAUACGGCUUCUUAGCUGACAACGAGUGUUACAAGCGUCGUAAUUUAUUUCCAACGAUCCACGUGGUGUUACGUGUAAAUAUACGCACGCAGAGGAGGAAUGGUUCUUAGGGGUGGUGGGGUGUGUGUCGCGUUGUGCUAGGCACAGGGUUUUACAAUCGUCACUCACCUGCAGCAGCAGAAGGUGAGGGUGUCGCGAUCCGGCGAGGUGCAGCCAUCCCUUAAACUCAGCUGUGUAUAGGUAUGAAGCAUGUGUAUUAUAGAAGUCAGAGGCGAUGCCGCAGCGUUUCGCAUUGCCGUUCCAAGUGUUUACCAUGUUUCCAUGGUCGAUACAAAAUUAUACUUACUCAAGACCUCUCGCAUUUCCGAUCCUCGGCUCAUGCUUUUCGUUCAGUAUUAUAACAGCAAGCCGGACGGAAUCACUGCUCUCUCGUUGUCAGCUAUCUUCCCCACGAUCCUCGUCCGGUUGCCAAAAUCAUUCGCUUUCGGCAACUUAUCGUUAUUGUACACGAGGGACGAGUAAAGUCGAUUCUUCGGUCACAACUUUUCAAUCAUCGAUAGAAAGAAAAUUCUGUGUUCCGUACGAUAUGAAUUUCACUAGGAAGUACAAAAAAUAAUUUAUCCCCAAGUUCAACUAUGUCAUACAUUUUUUCAUUCUUCGUUGCGCCCUCGCUAUUUUUUAGUGCCUAAGGAUAGGUAAUUUUUCCGUAACAUCUUCUGUAACCGAUGACCUCGAUUUUUCGGGCUGAAUCAUUUUUCCCUUAAAAUUCUGAUUUACAUACUAAACUAGAAUAAUUCUAAGCAACCGGUACACGGCAAUAAUAAUAAUAAUAAUAAUAAUAAUAACAACAACAACAACAACAACAACAACAACAACAACAACAAUAAUACUGAUAACAGCAGUAAGUGAAAAAACAUAAAUUUCAACGGUUUUCUGUCGUGCAAUCGAGAUCCAACCGUCUGACUUAAAAAAUAAUCGUGUUCUGAAGCAAGUCGCAGAUACCUACUUCGAAUCACAGAGACCCGAGCAAUUUUCUCUUUUUUUUCUCUCCUUUUUUGUCGGUCGCCAAUAGUGAUCGGACAGAUGAAGAAGGGCGGGCCGUGAUAAAAAAAAAAAAAAAAAAAAAUUUCUAAAAAAUUACAUCUACUGUUUGACGGGGCCGAAGGAAAUAAGAAAGUCUUUUAUACGGUGUAAAUUUCGGAAAAGUAAUAGUGUUAAAUUUUAUCAAUGAUAGAAGACUGUCUCGUUUAUUUAAUUUCCGCAAAAUACGCAUCGUCUCUCCGCUUGUUGUAUACGCGAUGUUGACGCGCGUACGUUUAUACACACACGUAUGUAGAUGAGUAAAAUAAUAGCUGCCGGCGUGGUGCGAAUGACUCGGUGACGUCUAUCUCUCCAACGAAUGACAGGCUUCUGAUUUCUCGACCGAUCGAUGAAGCCUGUUAGAUUGAAAAAUAAUGCCAAGUAUCUGUCAUGAACGUGAAUGGAGGUAGUAAACGACCUCUGGUAGUUUUACGAGAGGUGAGAGAAAAUGGGGAGACGAGAGAAAAUCGCCUGGACUACUGCGGUGACGGUUGCAUUUCUGGUGAUUGCACUGAGGUCCAGUCGCACGAAACAACCUUCGAUAAUCGUCACAAAAGAGUGCUCAUCUCAUCUGAUUCGUCAAAGUCUGCCGACAAAUUGGUUGAGAGUAAUCGGCCCGGUAUGGGAAAGGAUUCAAACCCAUUUUUCAACCCUUGCAAGAACGAUCAUCCAGCCCGAGAAAUGAUGAAAGAAGAUGCGAAAGUUGUCUUAUUUCACUCGGAUAUUCCCCACGCAGAGACCGACGACGUGGAUUCGAAAAAAGGGGAGGAUGAGAAACCUCCAAAGAUGGCAAAAAAAAAGAAACGAAGAUUUCUGACGAUUUGUACGAGCAACUGUAAGUACGAAGUUGUGAGAAGAGUCGCGGCGCGAUUUGGAAUGAAAGAAGUGACGGAGGACAGCAGCUGGAAUUUGUAUUGGACGGAUCUGAGUGUCAGCAUAGAACGAGCCAAAGACAUGAAGCGGUUUCAAAAAGUUAAUCAUUUCCCCGGGAUGACGGAGAUAUGCCGGAAAGAUUUACUCGCCAGAAACCUUAAUCGGAUGCUCAGACUUUUUCCAAAAGAUUACAACUUCUUUCCGAAAACGUGGUGUCUUCCUGCCGAUCACGGAGAAGCGAUUUCGUACGCCAAAGUGCGAAGAACCAAAACCUUCAUUGUGAAACCGGAUACUGGAUGUCAAGGACGCGGUAUAUACUUGACCAAAAAUUUGAAGGACGUUAAACCGUACGACAGGAUGAUUUGUCAGGUUUACAUAUCGAGACCAUUUCUCGUCGAUGGAUUCAAGUUCGAUCUGCGCGUUUAUACCUUAAUAACUUCGUGCGACCCCCUGAGAAUUUAUAUUUACAAUGACGGUCUCGCAAGGUUUGCUACGAGUCGUUACAAGGAACCAACUGGUCACAAUACCUCGAACGUUUUUAUGCAUCUAACCAAUUACGCGGUGAACAAACACAGCCGUAUGUACAUCGUUGACGAUGAAGCCGGAAGCAAGAGAAAAAUUUCAACCCUCAACAAAUGGCUGAAAAUGAAAGAGGUAGACGUCGACGAGUUGUGGUCGAGAAUCGACGAGGUCAUUAUAAAAACGGUACUGGCUGCGUAUCCGGUUCUCAAGCACAGCUAUCACACUUGUUUUCCAACCCACGACACGACUUACGCGUGUUUCGAACUUCUCGGCUUCGACGUUCUUCUCGACUGGAAAUUGAAGCCGUAUCUGUUAGAGGUAAACCAUUCACCGAGCUUUCAUACCGACGCCCAAAUUGAUAAAGAUAUCAAAGAAUCUCUGCUGAUCGACACGUUUGACAUACUGAAUUUUCAACAAUGUGAUAAAAAGAAAAUCAUCGAAGAGGAUAGAAAGAGGGUCAGGGAAAGACUGCUUCAGGGAAUAAAUUCCAGAGAUUCUAGCCUAAACGACGCGGUAUCGUCAGGUGUAGGAAAAUGUGAGAAACCAGAGGAAAGCGCAGUUGAGAAACAGUACAAAUGGGAGGACGAGCAUUUGGGAAAUUUCAGAAGAGUCUAUCCAGGCCCAGGCACUGAGAAAUAUGAUCCCUUCUUCAAGCAGGGUGGAAGCUCAAUGUUUCAAGACACAGCUGCGUCCAGGGCUCGCGAAGAGGCUGCCAAGGUGCACAGAGAAGAAGCAGAGUUACGGAUUAAGGAGCAGGAGGGUAAAAGGAUGCUUGGCAAAUGGAGCGAUCGCAGACUGCGGCCCGAAAGUCCUGUGAGCAAUAAAAAAUCAGCAGCUGUUAUAAUCGGCCAAGACAAGAGCAAGCCAAAAGUUUUGGCGAAAAAGAUGAAAAAACCAGCUGCGAUUCAAUUUACUGAGAAUAAUCUGUACUCUUUUGAACCUGAGAUAAUUUGCGAGUCUGAGGAAAGGGAUCGUAUAACCGCUUUGGCGCAGCGUGAUUUUUUGAUAAAAAGCUACGGCAUGUUAGAGCAAAUAUAUUUGGCUAUGAAAAAGAACGGCACCUUGCGACCGGAGGAUGAAAAAAAAUACGGACUGUACGGAAAACUUGGAUACAUGAAUGAUAUCUCGUUGAAUGGGUCUGCUCUUGGUCAAAAAUCGUACUAUUCUUACCAGAAUAUAUCGGUGAAAAAACCUGCAAGGUUUCAACCGAUGGCAAACCAAAGUGCCGAAUACAUGUUAAAAGUAGUAAAGGGCUCGAAAAAGUCUGUAGUGACGUAAAUGGCAAGAUUGUUUAUUAUUACUACAAUACCCGUGUUCGUGAAUAAGACAAAAUUUUCAAAUGGUACGAGAGAGAAGAUAUUAUAUACAUAUGUAUGUGUAAAACAGUAAGGUGUAUCUUGGAUUACAAAUACACCGUAUACACGUAUUGGAAAUAUCUCGGAUAAUUGUAAAGGUGAAGUUGAUAUUUAUUUAAACCAGCCACAGUCGUGCCGAGUUUAGAAUAGUCAAAGUUUACUUUACAGUUUUUAUUUUAAAUAUUCAACGUCAUUGCCUGAACGCAUGUAUAAUGGGUAGUCAAAUUGCAAGUAAAAUUUUCCCUAUGUUUCAUGCGUUAUAAUUAUAAUCUCAGUAAAAAUACAAUUCGCUUGAUUCUCACUCAAAAACUUGGUACGUACAUCGAAUUUAAGGAAUAUUAACCAGACGUCGUUUUAUUUAUUCAUCUAGUAUCGAUUAGCAGGCUCUGCAAACGGAUACAAAAAUGGGGAUAAAUGUGAGUUAGAAUUAAUUUUUGUAAUUACAAACGACAAGUUCACACGUACUCAAGUAUUUUUCGCGUCCAGACUUAACAGAAAUAUAUGAUAAAACAAUGCCAAUAAUCAUAAUGAUUAGGAAUGGAAAAUUGACGGUAGAUAUAAUCCGCCCUGUAUGCACAGGUUUAAAAAUAAUGUGCAACGAGGCACCGGUUUACGUGAGACCGGAUAUCCCGGAAAAAUUUUGGAUCGAAGAGUUGAAUGCGAACGAACGAGACGCGAGAAUCACAAAAACUCAUAUGGCUAGAACAUUGUCAAACGCCG